CCGGCCCGGACUCCCGCUUCUCUCCGGGAAAAUGGACGGAUUCACAGGCAGUCUAGAUUGACCUUUGAACUGCAGAUGACAGCAUGUCCGGAGCAAGUGUCUCAGACGUGAACGAUCGCCUUUCUGCCCUGGAGCUUCGUGUUCAGCAGCAGGAAGAUGAACUGAUGGUAAUGAAAGCUGCCCUUGCUGACAUCCUUCGUCGUCUCGCUGCCUCUGAAGACUCAGCUGCCACUGCAUCCAAAAAACAGCAUGCAGGAAAAGGUGGCGCUGCACUGCGUGAAGCCUACUCGAUGUCCUGUAUUGCUAACGGAGGAACAUCUGGACGAAAGAGGGACUCCACAUCAGUCACCAGGAAGGAAACCGUGUCAUCUGCUGCCAAGAGUGGAGCAGACAGGAAGAAGGAGGUCAGCAGCCAGCGGUCUCAGAUGGAGGAGAUCCAGGAGCAUGAGGAACUUCCUCAUCCAAAGGACCUGUCACCCUCUCCCUCCUCCCCCCAUCCCCCCCUAACCCCUCAGACCCCCCAGCCACAGAAACUGGCCCAGCCUGCUGACAGCAGUAAAGGCCACGUCCCUCUAAAAAGGGGUCCCAGUGUAAAGCGGUCCUCAGGUAUGGAGCGUUCUCAGAGCAGCACCUGGGACAGUUCAGAGGAAAACAGGAACAAACUGGUGAAAGCUGCAUCCACCUCCAAACUGCUGGCCAAAGUGGUCAAGAACUCUGAGAGACACAAAGACCCAGUCAUCAGUCAAGCCAAAAUGUCCACCCGAGAGAAAAACAGCCAAGCUGAGGGGAAUCAUAUCAAGAUGUUCAUGCGCGGUCGACCGAUCACCAUGUUCAUCCCUUCAGAUGUGGAGAACUACGAGGAUGUUCGGUCAGAACUUCCUUCAGAAAGGCUCAAGCUGGAAUGGGUGUACGGUUAUCGUGGCAGAGACUGCAGAGCGAAUGUCUACCUCCUCCCAACUGGAGAGAUCGUAUACUUCAUUGCCUCCGUUGUGGUUCUGUUUAACUAUGAAGAACGAACUCAGAGGCAUUACCUCGGACACACUGACUGUGUCAAGUGUCUGGCAAUUCAUCCUGAUAAGAUUCGGAUUGCUACAGGACAAAUUGCAGGAGUGGACAAAGACGGACGGGCCUUGCAGCCCCACGUUCGUGUCUGGGACAGCGUCAGUUUGUCGACUCUGCAGGUUGUCGGUUUGGGAACAUUUGAGCGAGGUGUCGGCUCUCUGGCUUUCUCUAAAGCUGACUCUGGUCAGCACCUGAGUGUGAUUGACGACUGUAACGAUCACAUGUUGACAGUUUGGGAUUGGCAGAAGAAGUCAAAAAUUGCUGAAAUCAAGACCACUAACGAGGUGGUCCUGGCCGUGGAGUUCCACCCGAUCGACUCAAACACCAUCGUCACCUGUGGAAAGUCCCACAUCUUCUUCUGGACCUGGAGCGGGUCCUCGCUGGCUCGUAAACAGGGAAUAUUUGGGAAAUACGAGAAACCGAAGUUCAUCCAGUGUCUGGCCUUCCUGAGUACUGGAGACAUCCUGACUGGAGACUCUGGAGGAGUUCUGUUGGUCUGGACCAGGAGCUGCACUGAGACCUCCACUGGGAAGGGACCCAAAGCGUUUCAGAUCAUUCGGCAGGUCAAAGGUCAUGAAGGCAGCGUUUUCUGUAUGUGUGAGAUGAGGAGUGGCACUCUGCUGACUGGAGGAGGAAAAGACCGGAGAAUCAUCCUUUGGGACCAUGAGCUCAGGGCCGACCGAGACAUUGAGGUCCCAGAUCAGUAUGGAACGAUCAGAGCGGUGUCUGAGGGGAAGGGGGAUGAGUUUUUGGUUGGGACGUCUCGUAACUUCAUCCUGAGAGGAACCUUCAAUGAUGGUUUCCUGGUGGAGGUCCAGGGUCACACAGAUGAGUUGUGGGGUUUGGCGUCUCACCCGUCCAGACAGAUGUUUCUGACGUGUGCUCAGGACCGGCUGGUCUGCCUCUGGAACGCAGCGGAUCACAGUUUGCAGUGGAGCCGCACGCUGGAGGAACAUGGACACUGUGCAGAUUUCCAUCCCAGCGGAGCUGUGGUCGCCAUAGGAACACACUCAGGAAAGUGGUAUGUUCUGGAUGCAGAGACCACUGACCUGGUGGGGAUCCACACUGACGGGAAUGAGCAGCUGUCAGUGAUGCGUUUUUCUGUAGAUGGCGGUUUGCUGGCUGUAGGAUCUCAUGAUAACUUUAUUUACCUCUACACCGUCUCAGACAGAGGACGCAAGUACAGCCGAUACGGGAAGUGCACAGGACAUUCCAGCUACAUCACACACCUGGACUGGUCACCUGACAACAACUUUAUCAUGUCAAACUCUGGAGACUACGAGAUUCUCUACUGGGACGUUCCAAAUGGUUGUAAACUGAUCAGAAAUCGAUCAGAAUGUAAAGAUAUCGACUGGGCGACCUACACCUGCGUAUUGGGUUACCACGUGUUCGGUGUGUGGCCAGAGGGUUCAGAUGGUACUGACAUCAAUGCUCUAAUCAGAUCUCAUAACAGGAAAGUCAUCGCUCUGGCAGACGACUUCUGCAAAGUUCACCUGUUUGCCUACCCUUGCUCCACCCCUAAGGCUCCCAGCCACAAGUAUAGCGCCCACAGCAGUCACGUGACCAAUGUCAGUUUCCUGUAUAAUGACAGCCACCUGAUCUCAACAGGGGGGAAGGACACCAGCAUCAUGCAGUGGCGUUUGGUGGAGAAAUCUUCAGUCUCUCUCAGUGACAGCCUCCUCUCUAAUCCCACCCCCUGCCAAGUAGACCCCACUGUUGCUCUGUCCCCAGCCACCACUACCACUCCCACACAGGAAACCGACCUACCCGUAACAGCCAACGGGACACAAGAACUCUCCCCAGAAACCCCACCCUUCACUGAGCUAGCCCCGCCUGCGUCAGAGUUGACCCCACCGUGUUCUGAUUCGACCCCACCCCCAUCAGACAGCACGGUGAGUUUGAAGGACAGCUUGGAGCCGAGUGACGACACCACCACACCCAGUGAUGAGGGGCUUCCCCCUGCCCCCCCCCUCCCCCCCCUCAUAGACCGAGUCUGUGCAUGUGUUUUGGUACAGCUGUCUUUGUGAGGACCAGGCUCAGCUAUACAUCUUGUGAGGACAACUUUAUAAAGUGAGAACAUUUGUACACAGGUGUAACAUUUUGUUCAUCUGUUUGAGGGUUCAAGCUGUUUUUGAGGUUAAAAUGUGGUCAGUCUGGGGUUGUGCAUGAACCAGUCACCGCAAAGUAAGGAUUAAUACAACUGAGGAUAUCAUUAUAUCUGAUGUUCAUCCGUGAUAAUCCUCCAUGACUCCACUUAUAAAUCUGAUGAAAAGAGGCUGCAUAACCUGCCGGAGAAUACUCGCGUGUUUGUUUCCUUCAGUAUCACAGUGAUCCACUGAUAGUUGUCUGUAAAUCCAUACUGCACAGAGGAGCUGCUUACUAGUCAUUCAGCUGCUGUUAAUGGGGACAGUUGGACUACAUGGAAACUAACAGUCAGGAAUUUUCUGUGGUAUAAUGUUUGUGUUGUUUGGGCAGGUCACACAUCAUCAGCGAGGGUCCUCACAAGUAUAGAAGUACAAAUGUGUGUAUGUGUUUUGGGACACAGACACGAGUGGCUGCCAAAUCACCUGACUUUUCUCACCAGUCAGCUGUUAAAAUAAACAUGCCUUCAGUUUGAGCAAACAGUGUUGCACUUUGAAACACCCGGAGAGUCUGAUUUAUCUGAGAGGAGAGUGGAGGAGGAGAGACACACACGCGCGCGCGCACACGCACGCGCUUACACCUUUUACACCUGGAGACUCACGGAGCAGCAUUGAACUGCUGGGAAGAUCCACAAAAGUGAGAAUUCUGGUUUGGAAACAAAAUGGUUUUAUUUUCCAAAAUGAACAACUUGAAAGAGAAAUAAUCAUUAUACUGUUGGUGAGACAGGUGUGUAUCAAGUUAACUUUCUCCACCAUUAACAAGGCAGUUGAACAGGCAGUUUCAAGGGUCAGAGAGAAGUCUUAAAUGCGUUUUAGAUCUUUGCUUUUGUUUUUAUAAUUAUUUGGAAACAAACCACCACUAAUCAUGUCAUGAUAAAUAUAUGAAAUGAUUGGUUUUUAUUCCUAAUGACUAUUGAUCAAAGAAAUUAUAUAAGAUAAACACUGGCUAAUCAAAAAAUUGUUAAAACACAUGUAUUAAUUCAUUAGACUGAACCUUUUUGUCAAACAACUGAACUCAGCACUUCUAAGACAUUUCGCAAUAAAAGCUCUCCACUAUGGAAGGCUUUUAAUGUGAAACGGGAAACAUGAAACCUUAACUAUGAAAAUGAUAUUAAAAGUCCAAACUACAAAAAAAAA